AUGAGAGGAGGGCGGGGAGGAGGAGCAGGUGGCAGCACCACGAGGAAAUGGGUCAGAGAUGGGGUAGAGAGACACGGCCCAGUUACCGAAGAGCCCCCGAUCUACCCGCCAGAUCGGCACAUUGAACAGGCCCCCCCAUUAGACGACGAAGCAGCGAAUGCUGUUCUCACAUACCGCCUCCUAACCAAUCACUGGCGCACAGGAGAGUGCUGCAUUGUCGAGAACCACACCAAGUUAGAGGGGCGCAACUACUCAAGUUUGAACUUAGCUGGAUCCUACGACCUCGAUGCUCAGAAGGAUGCAAUUGUAUCCUACUGCAGUAGCGAGUUUUUCCCCACGGAGCUACUGCAAAAUCGACUCAUCCGCCUGUCCAGGGUGGCUGGAAGAGGAGCAGCUGCCGAUUCAAAACGCCACAAACUGAAAGAAAUGGAACAGAAGGAGAACGAGAACAAAGGGGCAGAUGAGAAGGCUCCAGCAGCACAACCGGAAGCAAGUGCCGAAGAGGAAUUGUUUGGAGCGGAUGAACAAGACGACUUCGGGGGGGAUGAUUACGCUCAUGAUUACUAUGCAGAUGAAGAUGUCGAGGAUAAUAUGGAUGACGCAGAUGACGGAGGGAUUCUGUAA